GGGGGGCGGGGGGCGGGGGCGGAGGCCGUGCGCCUGCGCGGAGCCGGCAGUCCGGCAGGGCCGCAGCCGCGGGGUGGCCGGCGGUUGCCGUGGGGACGGCGGGCCCCUCCCUUCUCCGGUCCCCCGCCCCGAGCCGAUCCCGCCGAGGCGCCGAGGACGACCCCGGCCCUCCCCUCCCGCCCGCCGGGCCCGAGCUGCAGCCGGUGACCCGGCGAGAGGCGGUGCCGCUCCCAAGAUGUCGCAGACGGCCAUGUCCGAAACCUACGAUUUUUUGUUUAAGUUCUUGGUUAUUGGAAAUGCAGGAACUGGCAAGUCCUGCUUGCUUCAUCAGUUUAUUGAAAAAAAAUUCAAAGAUGACUCAAAUCAUACAAUAGGAGUGGAAUUUGGUUCAAAGAUAAUAAAUGUUGGUGGUAAAUAUGUAAAGUUACAGAUAUGGGAUACAGCAGGCCAAGAACGAUUCAGGUCUGUGACGAGAAGUUACUACAGAGGUGCUGCAGGAGCUCUCCUCGUCUAUGACAUCACCAGCCGAGAAACCUACAAUGCGCUUACUAAUUGGUUAACAGAUGCCAGAAUGCUAGCAAGUCAGAACAUCGUGAUCAUCCUCUGUGGAAACAAGAAGGACCUGGACGCAGAUCGUGAAGUUACUUUCUUAGAAGCCUCCAGAUUUGCCCAAGAAAAUGAACUGAUGUUUUUGGAAACAAGUGCACUAACGGGGGAGAAUGUGGAAGAGGCCUUUGUACAAUGUGCAAGAAAAAUACUUAACAAAAUUGAAUCAGGUGAGCUGGACCCAGAAAGAAUGGGCUCUGGUAUUCAGUAUGGAGAUGCUGCCUUGAGACAGUUGCGGUCACCACGUCGUGCACAGGCCCCAAGUGCUCAGGAAUGUGGUUGUUAGAAGCAGGAUGAGAGUAUACAGGUGUUCAUACAGUGGUAUUUGGGACAAUUGUUGGAGCUUGGAGAAGAAGUUUUUUACCACCAUCUUUUUCUACUUUAUACAGAAGUAGAUAUUUGUGUGAAGAAAAAUAAUUUGGGGUGUUACACAAGCUCGUAGAUGUGGCACAGCAAAUCAUAUAACAAUAAAUCUCGUUAAAUGGACAGUACCAUUAGAUGUAUACAUGUAUGUAAAAAUUUUCUGUUCUAUAUUUCCCUUUCACUUUUGGUUUAAAUCCUGACUGUUUGCUGUAUAUAUACUCUUGCUCAAUACGUCUCCACAGCAUGGUAUCUGAUGUAGGAUAUGAUAGAAUGUUGCUCUAAAUGCAGUCUAAAAUUUUAUUUUUUUUAAUCAUAUGAACUGAAAUCUGUUAAUGGUGAGGUGUACUUUGAUCAUCAUGUCAGGUAUGUUGCACAGUUGGUUAUAUUUAUGACCUGAUAUUCAAAGACUGGCAUUGAUGGCCAGUGCAGUGCUUAUUUAAUUCCGUCUACCACAGUCCACACAGUGUUUACAUAAUCCACCCUUGAAAUACUAGAUCAGUAGUUACUCAUGUAUGGAAAUAAAAUGAAAAGUAAAGCUUCUCCAUGAACAUUACACUGUCCAGCACUCUGUUGAUUUUAAAGUAUCUUCAUCCAGACCAAUUCAGGAAACAUAGCCUGAGUACCUGCUGUGUUUUAGGCACUGUGAUCACCACCAAGGAUUCUGUUAUCUUUACCCAAACUUACUAAGGAAUUGACUGCUUUCAGCUGUCUGUAAAUGCAAUGAACCGUGUAAUUUGGGGCUGCUCACCUGUUCCUGGUUUGCUGCUCUAUCUGGUCUCCCUGUUGGAAAACUUGUUUGUUACUGUGCUUUUCCUGGGAUUCAGUGUAUGAUGUCAUUGCUUCUUUUUUAAGUCUUUUAUUAUGUUUUCAUUUUAAGGAAGCCCACUAAAUGAAGUUAAUAUUAAAGGAAUACCACUCAUUAAGAAAUUUCUGUAUAGCUUUCGCUGAAUACUUAAAUGCCUUACUACAGUUAUCAAGUUGACAUGUUUUUAAUUCACCUAAGGUAUAUUGAAGUAUAAUAUAUAUUGUAUUACAAAGACUUGUUCUAAUAUUUUAAAAUGUCAAUGCAAAAAACAUGUAAUAGAACUUUUCUUUAAAGUUGAAAUACAGUAUUAUUUAAGGCUAAAUGGUUAAAAAGCAUUCUUCACCAUCUAUAUGUUCUUUCACUGUGACUUUUAGCUGCAGACUGAUUGGUAGAUUUCAUUGCCUUUCAGUUAGAAGCUGCCCACUGCUUUCGUUGUUUUAGUUAAUCAACAGAGCACAGUGGUGCUACAAACUCUGGAAAGUGACUUGGAUAAAAAUAUCAGUAUGUAUCUGUUUUAGGUAUUUUAAUUUUGCUUUUUUUUUUAAUGCUUUGGAUAUCUUCUUUUGAAAUGUCAGAAUAUGAAGGAAAUUCUCAGACUGAACUACUUCUUGGACCUCACUGGAAGAACGUUCGAUUCAAUGUCUCAUUUAUGGUAGUUUUGCAGGCUGCUCAUUUUUGAACAGCUUUUUGCAUGGGAUAGAAGCAUGUCUAUUCUACCACAGUGGAUUAUUCAAAAGCAAGAAUUUUUAAAAUAAGAUGUUAAGUUGGUUUAUAAAUGAGCCUAUUAAUUAAACCACAGGUACUGAAUAUAAUUCCACAUCUUUUGACCAAUAAAAGUUGCUGGAGAACCAAACUAUGGUGGUUCUUAAUAAAGGCCUUCAAGAGAAAUGAAGGAGGAUAAUUUAGUCUUGGUCAGUAGAGUGUUUUCCAACACCCUCAACCAAUUCUCUGAGUCUCUAGAGAUGCUAGUGAGGUGGCCUACAAUUCAGUUCUGACAUUUUCUACCUGGAGAUAGUAUCAGAUUCUGCAGGUUACACACUUUGUCUGCCCUGCCCCUUAACACACAUACACACUUCAGGCGUCAGUAACAAGCAAGUUACCUGUGCUUCUGACCAACCAGCUAGAAAUCUGAGGUUCCCAGGAAUUUAGCUCUGUGCCAGGAAUCAGGGACAAAAAACCAAGUAUAUGUUAUUAUAUCAUAGUCCAGUAAAUGUUAUGCAUACAUUUUCCACAACUUACUAAGUUUUCAGGAUUUUCUUAAUUCACAUUUCUAGAAAAGUAUUUUUUCAGUCUUCCUAGAAAAAUAUUCUAAACUCCAUUUAGACUUAAAGUUGUUUAUUCUUUUACAGGUCCAGUAUUUAGUGAAAAUAAGAAUGUCACAUCAGUAAUGGUUUUAUUGAAAAUCUGUUUUUUGUGACUUAUGUAAGAGUUUUUGAAAUCUUAAGGAACAUUGAUUCCUAGCAGAUCAGUAUUAUUCGGAGUGAUGAAGAAUCUGAUGUUAAAAUUAGAAAUUUAAAUCAUUAGCAAUUCAUACUGCAACAUAGUAGGUGGUUCUUCAUUCUCUGUCAAAUUUAUCCUUUUUUUCUUUUUUUGGAAGGGAGAUUUAGAGGGACUUUAAAACACCUGUGAAUUCUUAGUAAUGUUUUUGUGUGCCAGUUGUAAAGUGAACCUCUUUCCUAAUUAUUCUACCCGUUCAUAUACAAAUAAUCGGAGUUUGUCCUA